AAGUGGCGAAACCGCAAUCUAAUUAUCCCCAAAACCGAAAAUGGUGACCCUGGUGAGGUGCUGCAAACCCUUCCUCCCGCCAUAUCUAUCCCCUCUUUCUCUCUCCAAAACCCCAUUUCAGUUUCGUUCUCAAUUCACCAAUCAAUCCAGAAAUCAUGCAAUUAACAAAAGGAUUCGUUUCUUUUGUUCCACGGCCUCGAUUAAUGGCAAAAAUACCAAUAACAAUAUGGUCAAUGGCUCCAACAAAGAUAAAUUAGAGGGUGAAAUCAAGAAAGAAAUGUGGCUUUAUAAUACAAUGAGCAGGCAGAAGGAGUUGUUUAAGCCAAAAGUUGAUGGCAAUGUGGGAAUGUAUGUCUGUGGGGUCACUGCUUAUGAUUAUAGUCAUAUUGGUCAUGCCCGAGCUUAUGUUACCUUUGAUAUUCUCUACAGGCACCUCAAGUAUAUGGGUUAUGAAGUCUGUUAUGUUCGGAACUUCACUGAUGUUGAUGACAAGAUAAUUGCCAGAGCCAACGAACUGGGGGAGAAUCCAAUAUCUCUUAGCAGACGUUUUUGUGACGAAUUUCUACAAGACAUGUAUUAUCUUCAUUGUUUGCCUCCUUCGGUAGAACCUCGUGUCUCAGAUCACAUACCACAAAUUAUAGACAUGAUCAAGCAGAUUGUUGAUAAUGGCUAUGCCUACAGUGUGGAUGGGGAUGUCUACUUUUCUGUGACAAAGAUCCCUGAUUAUGGGCGAUUGUCAGGACGGAGAUUGGAGGACAAUCGAGCUGGUGAGCGAGUAGCUGUUGACUCGAGAAAGAAAAAUCCAGCUGAUUUUGCAUUAUGGAAAUCUGCCAAAGAAGGAGAGCCCUUUUGGGAGAGUCCAUGGGGUCCUGGAAGACCUGGUUGGCAUAUCGAAUGCAGUGCUAUGAGUGCUGUGUAUUUGGGCUACUCUUUUGACAUACAUGGUGGUGGGAUGGACCUUAUGUUUCCUCACCAUGAAAAUGAAAUCGUUCAGAGCUGUGCUGCAUGUUGUGAAAGUAAUAUAAGCUAUUGGGUGCACAAUGGAUUUGUCACUAUUAAUUCGGAAAAAAUGUCCAAAUCUCUUGGUAACUUCUUCACAAUCCGGCAGGUUAUAGAGCUUUAUCACCCGCUUGCCUUGAGACUCUUCCUCAUGGGAACCCACUAUCGUUCUCCAAUAAAUUACUCUGAUGCAUUACUGGAGUUUGCAUCAGAACGUAUUUUCUACAUAUACCAGACAUUAUUUGAUAGUCAACUUUUUCUGAAAGAGCAUGAAAAGGCUAGUUUGAAGGACUCAAUUCCGCAGGAUAUUGCAAGUUGCAUCAAAGAUUUCCAAAAUACUUUUGUCAUUUCAAUGUCAGAUGAUCUUCACACUCCAGUUGUUCUUGCUGGACUUUCUGACCCAUUGAAGACCAUCAAUGAUCUUCUUCAUACUCGCAAGGGAAAGAAGCGUGAGCUGCGAAUUGAAUCACUUGCAGCCUUAGAGAAGGCAGUCAGAAAUGUGCUGGUUGCUCUUGGGUUGAUGCCAACAAGUUACUCAGAGGCUCUACAUCAGCUCAAAGAGAAAGCUUUAAAACGUGCCAAAAUGUCAGAAGCUGAAGUUAAGCAAAAGAUUGAAGAGAGAGAUACAUCAAGGAAGAACAAAGAGUAUGAGAAGUCAGAUGCAGUAAGAAAAGAAUUGGCUGCAGUGGGAAUUACUCUGAUGGACAGCCCAGAAGGAACGACUUGGAGACCUGUGGUUCCUACCGCACUACAGCAAGAGCCAACAGUAACUAACUGAGUCAAUAAAGUGAUUUUUUUCGUACCAGAUCAGAGCUUGAAAUUCAAGCAACAUAUGUUUACCUAAGGAGACGUCAUUUAGAAUUUCGGAAAUUUUGCUUUUAGAUGAUUUUAAGCCUUCCUAUGAAGAAACUUUAGGAUGAGCAUAGGAUUUGUGGAUUAAAAUUUUAGUACUCUUACGGGGAACAUUUUCUCCGUAUUAAUGGUUUUUGAGUACCCUUGUUGUGUUUAUUUGAGUAUGAAUGAAGCACCAUUGUGUUUCCAGUUCCAUUUGA